AUGUCAGCUUCAGUACCAGCACACAAGUCUGAUGCCUCUGUUACCCCAGAUCAUCAGCUGGAGGCCCCUCUGGGCCAGUCUGAUGCCCCUGUGACCCCAGAUAACGUGCUGGAAGUGCUGUUAGGCCAGUCUGCAGAGUUGUCCUGCCAGCUACAGCUGCCUCCGGCCGUUCUGAAGGACAGCUGUAUUUAUGUGCAAACCAAAGACACUCGCAAGAAGAACCCACUGCCUAUGUUUGUUACUGGGCCGGAGAAGGAGGUUGAGGUGAUUGAGAAAGUGCUUUUAUACUUGAGGAGAGGUCAGGAGAAGAUGGAGGACCAGUCCCCGCUGUACCAAAACAGAACGCAAUACUUGGGUGGAGCAGACGUCAAGGUGAAGCUUCUGAACGUUUCUGUGAGCGACAACAACACCAUCUUUCAGUGUGUGGUGUGUCUCCGCUGCUGGAAAUGUGAACGCCAGACAGAGAUUACUCUACGGACACAGACAAGGACAGAUGAAGAAGGUGGAAAUGGGAGCCCUACCGUGCCAGUGGCUGUUGCUGUUUCUGUUCCUGUGCUGGUGGUAGUGGGGAUCGUCAUCGUGAUUUGUUUGGUCUGCAUCAGAAAACAGCGUUCUAAAUCUGAUGCAGGAGCCAAUCAAAGCAGUCAAGAUGCCGCAGAGGGCGGGGCCAUAGCAGUAGUGGAGAAUGGAGUAGUGGACACACCCACAGAGAGAGAAGGGAACCAGAACCAGCCAGAUGAGUCGAUGGUGAUGACCCAGAGCCAGCCAAAUGGAUCAGUGAGGACGACCCCAGACCAGCUGAAUGGACCAGCUGAGAAGAGCCAGCAGCAGCAGCACCAGCACCAGCAGCAGAGUGGAUCAGCUGAGAAGAACCAUCAACAGCAGCAGCAGCACCAGCAGAGUGGAUCAGCUGAGAAGAGCCAGCAGCAGCACGAGCAGCACCAGCAGAGUGGAUCAGCUGAGAGCACAGCAGCCCCAGAACAGGAGCCUCUACUCAGGAACGGACACAGCGGGGGGGAGGAGGACCGUGGAGGCCAGAGGGAACAGGAGACCUGUCUGUAG